ACACGUUUCUAUAAAUGUGCAUGCUCUUCCUGGUAUUUCUCAUAGAACAUAGAGAGUGAAUAAUAGAAUUCACUGCUGGCUGGGUUUUGAUGCAAAAAUUUCCUGUUUAAAAAAAAAAUUGUCACUUUUUCCUUUUACCUAGUUGCACUCCUGAGAGCAAGAUGGGUCACCAGCAGUUGUACUGGAGCCACUCAUGGAAAUUCGGCCAGGGAUCUCGCUCUUGUCACGUCUGUUCAAACCGGCACGGUCUGAUCCGGAAAUAUGGCCUCAAUAUGUGCCGUCAGUGUUUCUGUCAGUAUGGGAAGGAUAUCGGCUUCAUUAAGUUGGACUAAAUGAUCUUCCUUCCAAAGAUUACCCAGGGCAUCUACUCAAUGAAAAACCAUGAUAGCUCUUUGUACAUAAAAUAAAUAUUUGAAAAAAAAAUUGUCAGCUUGGCCAACAUUGCGAAACC